UCUCAUUACUGUAACUCCACCAGCUGUCUUGCUCAUUAUCAAGAAAAUGUUUUUUCUCACAAUUCUGCUGUUUUGCUACCUUCAAACAUCUCAGCAGAUUCAGAAAACUGCAAACGGCAAAGACGUGCUGUCCAAUCCCAGGCUCACACCUGUUCAGGGGACUUUGAAUGUAGUGAUGAACCAGACCGUGAUCCUCUCCUGCCACUCCGACUCUGGAUCUCCACCUGUCAGAUACACGCUGUUUAAACACAAUCAGAAAGUAUCCACUUUAAAUAGGAUAGACUUGACCCCCGGUUUGUUUAAUUUGACUAUCAGUUCUGCCAGUGACAUGGGUGAAUAUAAAUGCAAAGCUGAAAAUAACAUCUCCGGUGGCGGAAAAUACAGCAAGAGUCUCAACUUCACCCUUAAAGAGCCAGUUUCCAAACCAGUGCUGAGCUCACCCACCUCUCAAGCAAAGAAAGGCCAGAAUGUGACCCUCUCUUGUCUCUCAGAGAAUGGCUCUCUUCCUAUCACAUACUUUUUCUUCAAAGGAAGACAGAGCAUCUCUCCCCCAGUGAAGAUGCAGAAGCGGAAAGCGGCUGUGAUUUUUCUAUUUAUCAAUUCCUCUAGUGAUUUUGGAACCUAUAAAUGCAGAUCUGAAAAUAUCUUUGACAAUAAUACAAAAUACAGCAAUGGUUUCAACUUUACCUUAGCAGAAGAGAGAAGCCAUUCUCAAGCCUUGAUCAUUUCUCUUGGGCUGAUCUUGCUACUAUUCAUAAUAGGAUUUGCUCUGGCAAUUCCAUUUUUAAUAAUUCCUUCAUACAAAGCAAAAAAAUUUCAGUCUGCUAUGUCAACUGGCCUUACUUCAACAGAGGAUGCAGAAGAGUCUGAAAACUAUGUCAUAUACUCAGAGAUUGACCCUGUUAAACCAGACGAAGAAUAUGUCAACUUUUCCAUUAUUAGAAGAGAAGUUGAAAAAGAUGAAGAUGAAAAAGCAGAUAAGAGAGCAUGUACUACAGUCUACUCAAAGGUCCUCAUCACAGAUUAAGGACAAGCUGGACCACUCCAUUCUCCAGCGUGGCAUCAGUUAUCAAGAUCAUGAAGAGAAUACUCAUCUCAUCGUACCUGCAAAGAAAAGAGCAU